AUGCCUAAAUCAGUUUGCGUUGUGGGCGCUGGACCGUCUGGCCUCCUUGCGGCCAAGAAUCUACUGCGCAACGCUCCCGAAGGACAGUUCCAAGUCAGCGUGUUUGAUGCCCAAGAUGGCAUUGGGGGGCUAUGGCCAGCCUCAAAGACGGACAUGGGCCGCCAGGUUCACCCAUUGAUGGUUGCUAACCAAAGUAAACACACCAUGCAAUUUAGUGAUCUUGCCUGGGAAGAUGGAGCGCCUCAAUUACCACUGGCGUGGCAGGUUGGGCGCUAUCUGGAGCAAUAUAUGGACAGAUAUUUGUCAACACACCCAGGCUUCAGUUUACAUCUCAAUACUCGGGUCGUCCAAGCCAAUCGGCCAACGGGGGAAAAUAGCGGUUGGGAUGUUCUCCUUGAAUCCGAGGGCAAAGAUGAAACACAACACUUCGAGCAUCUUGUGGUUGCAUCUGGCUACUUCGGCAGACCCGUGGUUCCGGAAGGCAUUUCAUUAUCUACCACCGCAGCUGUACCGGUAAUUCAUAGUAGCCAGUACAGAGACUUGAAGUCUUUGCUCGGAGACCGUGGUUCUGCCAAGGGCAAGAUCCUCAUUGUUGGCGGCCAAAUGUCCGGCGUCGAGAUUGCUGGAACUAUUGCAACGCACAUUUCGUCUGCAAAACACUCUCCCAAUAGUUCCUCAAUACCUGAUGUCGACCAAUGCUCCAUUCACCAUAUUGUCCAGCGACCAAUAUGGGUUUUCCCGCUACACACAACAGCAGAACCCAAAGCCGCAGCCGCGCCAUUCUUACCUCUUGAUUUCUCAUCCUACAAUCGAAAUAACCGACCAUUACCGCUGGUAAAUACACAAGGCCACGUCGACGAGAAGACGGCGCAGAUCGUGAAUGGUAUCUUCCAGUCAGCUCUAGGAACGGAUCAGGCGGCCUUUUCGCCCCUGUUGCAUGUGACUGAUGAGAUGAAGACUCAGCCGCCGUACUUGGCAGUCAGUGAUUAUUAUUGUGAUUUCGUGAGAUCGGGCGAAAUAUCUCUGUACAACGGAAAACUCGAGUCGCUAAGCGACAACACAGCGAAGCUUGCUGACGGUACACAAAUCGACGAUGUCAUAGCCGUUGUGCUUGCGACUGGUUUUGAUCCAACACCAUGUAUCUCAUAUCUUCCCGAUGACGUGUUGAAAACCUUGAACCACUCUCCAGCCCACCGAGAACAACCACUGGCCCUAGCAUUUCACGGAACUCAUCACCCAGACGUCCCAGGGUUGGGGUUCGUGGGCUUCUACCGAUCGCCUUACUGGGGUGUCAUGCAAAUGCAAGCUCGGUUCUUGGCAGAAUAUUGGUCUUCAUCUCCAAAUGCCUCACCAGAAGCGCUGCAGUCGAAGCUGAAGUCCGAUGACUCUAUUCAAAGAACUCUCAAUCUCCGCGAUGACCCAAGAUUAUCCCAGUUUCCAAUGGGCGACUACCCCUUUCUCAUGCAAGAAUUCUCUGAGGCCCUUUCUAUACCACGAGUCGACCCGUCGCUCAAAGGAAUCCCCAUGCUAUCGCACAACAGUCUGCCAUUGGACAUGCUCACCCCUGCGAGAUAUCCCUCGCCGUCAGAUGAUGCCUUGGCGAAGGAAGACGCAGAGAAAUUACGCCAGGAUACCGUACAAGUUGCUAUUGCUGGUCUGACAACGCCUCGGUUCAUGCCACGCGCCGUAUUCCGGGGUCUCCUUGGCACAUGGAAGCUGGAACGAGAUCUGACAAGUAGACUGCCAACACACCCAAGCGGUCACUUCAGCGGCACAGCUCAAUUUCUUUUAAGAGACAAGACAUCAGACGGUCUGCAGUGCGCAAAGCAAGGCCUGGAGUUGUCUGACUCUGACGAAGACGGUGGCAUGGAAUACUUGUACAUCGAAGAUGGGGAGUUCAAAACCGAGCAAGGGUUCGGCUUCAGAGCGAGCAGGCGGUACGUCUGGCGAUAUGAUGAGCAAAAGGAAUCAUUGAGCGUUUGGUUCGCCAAGCCUGAUGCUCCUAAGCGCGCAGAUUACUUGUUCCACGAGAUUGAAUUCAUGCAGCCGGAAGAUGGGCGUGAGAAGGGGUGGUCUGCCAAAGCGGGACAUCUCUGCAUAGACGAUUACUACGAUGUCAAGUACAAUUUUGCAUUUGAGGCGGUCAACUUGAAGAAUUGGAGUAUAGAAUACACUGUCAAUGGCCCAAAGAAGGAUUACACCAUAAAUGGGACGUACACAAGAUAG